GGCAACCCGGUAAAUGUACAAAAAUCAAUCGAGGCAAAUCAAAUUCUGCUACUGCUGCCAAAAUUUUCAAUUUGAAAAAAUUCUAAAUAAAAAUUCUUUGCAAAAUUCGCUCAUCUUAUUAAAUUAAAACAUUUGUACAACAUGCUAAGGUCUUGUAAUAUAAAGUCGAGUUUUUAAUUGAAACAUUUGUGAAAAGUGAAGAGUUCAAAAAAACAAUUUAAAUAAAAAAGUGUAUGGAAAAACCGUCAAGUCGUAUUUGUGUUGAUUUUUUCACACCGCUCUUCUAUCAACGCAAAAAAACAACAUCAGCUUAAUAUUACUACAAUUACCAAGGCCGUCACCGUCAACGUUUCCGGGCAGCAUAAAAACAAUACAAUUUGAAGUCUUUAAUUUUAUUCAUUCACACAGCAAAAUUGAACGGGCCAUUGAUUUUUCACAAUUGUUUGAACAAACUGCUGGAAUUUACAGCGUUUGGAAGUGGUAGUGCGACAAAAGGCUGCUAAAAUGAGCGAAGAGGAGAACGAUAAAGUCACUUUGGAUCUCUCGCGUAAGCAAUUGAAGAAAGUGCCAAAGCAAGAAGAUGCACAAAACGUGCGUAUACUCAAACUAGAUGAGAAUGAACUGCAGAAGAUCGACAAUAUCGACUCUUAUUUGAAAAUUGAAGUUCUUUCCCUGAGUAAAAACCAGCUGCUACGCAUGUAUGGCGUCUGUCGUUUGCAUUGUCUGCGCGAAUUAAAUCUCUCAUUCAAUGGCAUACUCUCGAUUGAAGGACUAAAAGAUUGCAUACAUUUGCGGCAUUUGAAUUUGGAGGGCAAUAACAUUAAAACUAUUGAGCAUUUAAAUAAUAAUAUUAAAUUAGAAUAUUUAAAUUUGGCUGAGAAUAGUAUAGGCAGUAUAUCGGAUAUAUCGUUUUUGAAGAAUUUAAAGGAAUUAUAUCUGCAAGGCAACCGCUUAACGCAUCUCCGACAAUGUGAUAAAUAUUUACCCGUAUCCUUGGAAGUUUUAACAUUAGCAAAGAAUUCUAUUAACGAUUUAAAUGAGAUCUGCACGCUCUCCAAUUUAUCAAAUUUACAUAGUCUGACGUUGAAUGAGAAUCCAUGUGUCGUGAUGACCGGCAGUACAGAUGGCUUCGAUCAUCGUCCUUUCGUGUUGAAUUGGUGUAUGAGCUUAAAAGUGAUUGAUGGUUUUGUGGUCGAUCCCAUAGAGAGCCUCAAAGCAGAAUGGCUUUAUAGUCAGGGGCGUGGUCGACAAUUUCGCAUCGGUGAACAGGCUACUUUAGCCAAGUACUUAAGUUCUGUCUGUCCACUUAUUGGCAAGGCUUUAGAGAACGAGAAUGAACGCAAGCUACGUCUGAUACUCAGCAAAGCACAACAGCAUCAAAGACAAUUGCAAGAAGAAAUAUCGGAAAAUUCAAAUGCGUCCAGCAACAAUUCACCUUCUUCGUGUCGGCGAAAGACGAGCAGUCGCAUACAAUCGCCAAGAUUUUCGCGUUUAAGUGGGCGUCAAGGCUCACCUGACUCAAUGGUGAAUAGCUAUCAUGGCAAUACUUCAAGUGAAACGAUUACGAACAAUGUAAAUCACACCGCACCGAUGACCACCUCUUUGAUAGAGAAUAUCAAACAUGAUUCGCUGCUAAUGUCACAAAGCUGUGAUGGCACAACAACCGGCGGCGGUGGCAGUAACAUAAAUACACGCGCGAAUAAUUCGCAGGAAUCUACGCCACGCACGAUAACACCAAAUCCUUAUAAUGAUCAAAAUUACACAAAUAUGCCCGUGAACGUGGGUGGUCCCUUGGCCGCGGCCUCCAAAAUGGUGCCUGUGCCAGAGACGCUUAUGAGUCCGGACGUUUGUCCCGCCGCUGUGGCGCAACGCGUCACCGUCAACGCCAUCAAUACGCAAAUGCAAAAUUCGAAAACACACAAAAACAAAGAUAAUAAACUCAAUUCACCGAAGAUGCGUAGUCCACACUUGAGACGCAAUACGGAACGCUAUAGUCCCAAUAUGAGUCCGCGGCGCGGCAGUAGCGCUUCAAAUUUGGCGCUGCAACAUAAUAACGUAUCGAAUUUGAAUCGCGCAGUGGCGGCGCAUGCGCAAACGCAAGUGGAUAAUCAAAUGAAAUCGCGUUUAACGGGCAAUUCGAUGCAUGUGGUGGCGCUGGAUACCGGUUCGGGCGGCUUGAGUUCGGAUGAUGAUAGCGAUCAUAUAAAUAUUGAUAAGUUGAAAACGAUACGCAAUAAGGCGGCACAGCGCACACAACAACAACAGCAAAAGGAGGCUAGUGUACAGCAUGCAGAGAAUCAUGCUACAGAAUCUUCGGCGGUGGUUAUACAGAAGAUUUGGCGCGGCUAUCGUACACGCAAGAAAACCAAGUAUAUCGCCGAGAAGCUGCUCAAGAUACGCACACACGAGUAUAUUGAUAAGCUAACCAAAGAUAUGGAGCUGACCAAAGCGCAGCUGGAGAAUGAACGCAAGAUACAGCAGCUACAAAUGCAGGCUAUAAAUGCGUUGUGGAAGAAGGUCUCCACCAUGCAGGGUGGCGCAACCGUCAGUAGUGCCACAACCAGUUUGGGUGAUAGCACAGCUACAGCGGCUGCGGAUAGCAGUAAUGUCAGCGUUUCGACGGAGUGUGGGCGUACCUUAGCGCUGGAUAACAGCUCCACCGCGGCGGUACAUGACUUGGCCAAGACAUGUACAAUGCUUACCAAUCAGGUGCAACAACUGCAAGGCUCCAUGCGUGACAUACUCAACUGCCUAACGUUAUUCUGCAACUUGCCACAGGAGAAUGUCAAGAAAUUGCUGUCAGCCGGAGUCGCAGACGCACUUGCCACCAAUGAGAAACGUGAUUGCGCUGCUACGCAAACGGAAAUCGUCGCUGUGCAUACGCCACAAAUUGAGAAUCAAAGUAAUUUCCCAUUCUCGAAAAUACGCCCAUCAACGUUGCCGCUGGACAAGCAGAAAUGUGGUGUGGGUGGUGCCGGUCAACAGCAGUCAGUCUCAACGGGUGUUGGUUGUUACUUACAGCAUGAACAAAUCGCCGAGGAUAGUGAGCCGGCAGAGCAAUUCAAUGAGAGCGGCAUACAGAGUGAGGAUGUGUGCAGCGUGGCUGAGUUGGGCGAUACGUGCGGUGAGAAAUCCGAUGGUGGCAAGGAGUAAAUUGCAGUUUUCUUACUUUUCAUAUGUGUAAAAUUUAGUUGCGUGUAGUGUAAUACCCAAGCAGUAUAACGGUGUAUAUAUUUGUGUGGGUGUGUUUGAGUGUGGAAAAAGUGUAAACUUCUCACAAAUUAAACAGUGUGCGCAGCCUAAAAAACACAGUGAAAUACACAGAUCUCAGCUACGGAAUGUA